AUGAUCAUUGAUCAGUUCGCGGAGGGCCCGCUUAUGCAAGGCCUGUAUUGGGACCGUUGGUAUAACAACGACUCCAUAAUCACCAAGAAUUCAGUACUUUAUGAAAACUAUUUGUUGGGUUCGCCGCGUAUGAGACAAUUGAAGGUCCGCAACGACUCGUGCGAAGUCCAUAAGGACUUCCAGAGGGCUAUCUUCUCGUGCUAUAACUUUUACGCCCAGCCCUAUGAGGACAGGCAGACAUCGAGCGGCGGCGGCGGUAACGCCAAGAAUGACACCAGUUUUGAGUGGCGAGAGAUCAAGUCGUUCGCCAAGAAUGAUGUCUGGGGCAUUUUGGGCACGUAUUCAGGAGAGGGCGGUUAUAUCGUGGACCUGACGCUAAACAAGACAAUCGCUUUGGCAAAGAUCAGGGACCUGAAGAAGAAUCUGUGGAUCGAUAGGGGAACGCGAGCCAUAUUCAUCGACUUUACGACUUACAACCCCAACAUCAACCUCUAUGUGGUGACCAAAUUGAUAGCCGAGUUUCCGGCCACCGGUGGUCUCAUCACUUCGUGGCAGUUCCGCACACUUAACCUCUUGGAGAACUCGUCGGACGCGCCGAUCGCUCUCUACGUAUGCUUUACGCUAUUUAUACUAUUCAUCGCCUAUUAUAUCAUCGAAGAGUUGGUCGAGAUUAAGACACUGGGAGUUUGGCCCUACUUUCGCAGCUCGGGCUGGAAUUUUCUCGACAUUUUCACUAUCAUUAUAUCGGUUUUGUUGGUAUUCUUCCUCUUCUAUCGCAAGUAUGUCAUCAAUAAGAUCUUCGACGAGGCGUACACUACGGGCGGCGAUUCAAACACCGGCGGCGGCGCCGGCGAUGAGGGCUCUGCGGAUAGUCUGCAGAACAGCUCGUCGUUGGCCCUCCAGAUCGAGACCUACCAGUUCGACACACUUGGCUUCUGGUCGGCGCAGUUCAGUAAUAUACUGGCUGUGCUGUCGUUUGUGGCCUGGGUCAAAUUGUUCAAAUAUAUCAGCUUCAAUAAGACCAUGUCUCAGCUCAGCUCCACUUUGAGUCGAUGCGCUAAAGACAUCGCCGGUUUUGGUGUCAUGUUUUUCAUUGUAUUCUUCGCUUUCGCACAAUUGGGUUAUCUAUUGUUUGGCACUCAAGUCAAAGACUAUAGCAGUUUCGGCAAAGCUGUAUUCACACUUUUGCGGCUCAUUUUGGGUGACUUUGACUUCCAGGCGUUGGAAGCGGCGAAUCGUGUAUUGGGCCCCAUAUUCUUCCUCAGCUAUAUAUUCUUCGUGUUCUUCGUUCUAAUGAACAUGUUUUUGGCGAUCAUUAACGACACGUAUGCGGAGGUGAAGGCAGAGAUCGGCGUAGAUGGCGAAGACUUUGCGGUUAUGGACUAUUUUAAGUCGAUAUCCAAUCAAUUGUUGACCAAAUUGGGCGCUCAGAAGGAACAGAUAGAAGGCAUACAACAGGCCAUCAAAGGCGCGGGUCUGGACGGCGCCAAAAACGUGAGUUUCGCUGCCGUCAGACAGAAGUUGAAGGAAAGGGAUUUGAGUGAUCAGGAGAUAGAGAUGUUGUUCUCGAAGUAUGAUUUGGAUCAGAACCGAGAGCUCGACGAACAGGAGUUGAGAGCGAUGUUCGCCGACUUAGAGGGCAAGAAGAAUGAGAUCGAGAAAGAGAUGGCCGACAAUGAGAACAAACGGCCCGAAAGUGCCCGAAGUGUUCACCGGUUUGGCGGCGGACCCGAUAUGAGUAAACUGACGAAACGGGUCGACCGAAUGGAGUACACAUUGAGUGUGAUUUCGUCCAAAAUUGAUUCAGUUUUAGGCGGAAAAGUACUUUUGGCCGCAAAGACAGCAGACGUCAACACCAGACUCGAUGAGGAAGACUUGGAGGACUCGGAGCCCAAACGCUGGACCAAUAAUUAGUACUCAAACUAAUUGCUGAAGAGUCUGUUAUUAUCAAUAAAGCCGUCAAUUAAUUAGUUGUUUAGCGAUUCUUGAUCUCAAUUGUUGUACACAUUAUUUAAUUAAUUAGCUUUUGAUUUAUAGCACAAUUUGUUUGCAUUUAAUAUAUAUUAUCAUUAAUAUUAAGUCAAGGAGUGCUCAGGAA